UCCGUAUCAGAUGCUAAUCGCCGAUCACAAUAGUCUAUGAUUAUUGCAGAAAAAAGUUAGUGUAUUCUUAAAAAUGUCGUCGAACGAUGGCAUCCAGAUCCCGAGUCGUUUACCUCUACUGUUAACUGAUGAGGGUGUCCUUCUGCCGGGGUCCACCAUGCGAAUAAGCGUCGACACCCCCAGGAAUAUGCAGCUGGUCAAGAGCAGACUCCUCAAGGGGACUUCGCUUAAAAGUACCAUUAUCGGGGUGAUUCCUAACACGAAAGACCCAGAACACGAUAACCAAGAACUCCCGUCCUUACACAGUAUUGGUACAGCAGGACUGGCAGUGCAGGUAGUGGGCAGUAACUGGCCCAAGCCACACUACACGUUACUCAUCACGGGACUGUGUCGCUUCCGUGUGGCCCAGAUGCUGAAAGAAAGGCCGUUUGUCGUGGCUGAGGUGGAGCAACUGGAUAAACUGGAGCAGUACACAGAGGGCCAGGAGCUGGAUGGUGAACUGGGCGAACUGGCCCAGAGGUUUUACCAGGAUGCAGUGCAGCUGGUGGGUAUGUUGGAUAUGUCCGUGCCGGUAGUGGCGAAGCUGAGACGCUUGCUGGACAGUCUGCCCAGAGAGACACUUCCCGACGUUCUGGCUUCCAUGAUCCGCACCUCCAACAAGGAGAAACUCCAGGUUCUAGAUGCAGUGGAUCUAGAAGAGCGUUUUAAAAGGGCUCUUCCACUCCUCACCAGACAGAUCGAGGGACUUAAACUACUGCAAAAAACACGCAAACCCAGGCCGGACGACGACAAGAGAGUGCUUGUCGUACGUAAGGGUGGGGUGUUUCCCGGGCAUCAGUUCUCUCUGGAUGAAGAGGGUGAGGAUGAGGAUGGUGAUGACAUGGCUGUUUUGGACAAGAAGGUGAAAGAGGCAGGCAUGCCAGAGCACGCACUACGUGUGUGUCUGAAGGAGCUGAAAAGAUUAAAGAAAAUGCCACAGUCUAUGCCUGAGUAUGCUCUGACACGCAGUUAUGUGGAGCUCAUGGUAGAGCUGCCAUGGAACAAGAGCACCACAGACUGUCUGGAUAUCCGUGCUGCCAGGGUGCUGUUGGAUAAUGAUCACUACGCUAUGGAAAAACUGAAAAAGAGGGUUCUGGAAUACCUGGCAGUACGCCAGCUCAAGAGCGCCCUCAAGGGGCCGAUCCUUUGCUUCGUCGGGCCUCCUGGUGUGGGAAAGACCAGUGUGGGCAGGUCCAUUGCCCGCACACUGGGCAGGGAGUUUCACCGUAUCGCCCUGGGGGGAGUGUGUGAUCAGUCAGACAUCCGUGGGCACAGACGGACGUAUGUCGGGAGCAUGCCUGGACGCAUCAUUAACGGACUGAAGACCGUCGGGGUGAAUAAUCCAGUGUUCCUAUUGGAUGAAGUCGACAAACUAGGCAAGAGCCUGCAGGGAGAUCCUGCUGCCGCCCUGCUGGAGGUUUUGGACCCAGAACAGAACCACAGUUUCACUGAUCAUUACCUGAACGUGUCCUUCGACCUCUCUCAAGUUCUGUUCAUUGCCACUGCAAACACCACAGCAACCAUCCCCCCAGCCCUACUGGACAGGAUGGAGGUCUUGCAGGUGCCAGGCUACACUCAAGAGGAAAAAGUGGAGAUUGCUCAUCGUCAUCUGAUUCCUCAUCAGCUAGAGCAGCAUGGACUCACACCUCAACAGCUCCAGAUACCACACCACACCACACUGGAUAUCAUCACCAAGUACACGCGGGAGGCGGGCGUUCGCUCCUUGGAGAGAAAGAUUGGUGCCAUCUGUCGGGCGGUGGCAGUGAAGGUUGCGGAAGGUCACAAGAGCCCUAAAGUGGAACAGCCCUCAGCCCAGCAGGGAGGUGAGAAUGGGACCACUGUGGAUGGAGAGAGGAAGGUGGAUGAGUCUCUGAGGGAGAGUGAGAUGGCUGCUCCUCCAGAGAUGCCCAUAGUGAUUGACCCCAUGGCUCUGAAGGACAUUUUGGGCCCACCACUCUUUGAGAUGGAGGUGUCUGAACGGUUGACGCUGCCGGGCGUGGCCAUCGGAUUGGCAUGGACACCACUGGGCGGGGAGAUCAUGUUUGUGGAGGCCAGUAGGAUGGAGGGGGAAGGGCAGCUGACCCUGACUGGCCAACUGGGAGAUGUCAUGAAGGAAUCUGCUCAUCUGGCAAUCAGCUGGCUCCGCAGCAACGCCAAGAAGUACCAGCUUACAAACCUCACUGGUGGUCCAGACCCUCUAGAGGGAACAGAUAUCCACUUGCACUUCCCAGCGGGUGCUGUGACUAAGGACGGCCCCUCGGCAGGUGUUACCAUAGUUACGUGCCUAGCUUCACUGUUCAGUGGCCGUUUGGUGCGUUCUGAUGUUGCAAUGACUGGAGAGAUCACACUGAGAGGACUGGUGCUGCCUGUUGGGGGAAUCAAAGAUAAAGUCCUGGCGGCCCACAGAGCCGGUCUGAGGCGGGUUAUCCUGCCCAAACGAAAUGAGAAGGAUCUGGAGGAGAUCCCUGCCCCUGUCCGGGCCGAACUGGAUUUUGUGGCGGCCAGCAGUUUGAGCGAUGUCCUAAAUGCUGCCUUUGAUGGGGGAUUUCCCAUAACCACAAACCCCCUGCCACACCCACAUGUUACCAGCAAACUUUGAGACAGAGAGGGAGCGAGAGAGGGAGAGGUUUGCUAGGGUCAAAUUAUCACUUAUAACUUUCACCACACACAUCCCACAUGACAAAGCCUACUGAGGAACAUCCAUACACUGGAACAGCUGAGAGAGAGAAUGACACAGAUGGAAGAGUUCCAUCUUGCCCCCUUCAUGGACGGAUAUUUUUUGGGUCUUCAGUAACUUUGAUCUGAAACACUAACUCUCCUUCUUUUUCGUCAGCCGUCUUUCUCGUCCGAGGCUCAUUCCUUUUUAACAUCAAAUAGUUGUCACUUACAAUAUCUGUUUGAGCUCGUCAGGAUUGGACCUAAUGGUUACAGUACAAAUGUUUUACAUAAAGCGUUAAUUUAACUGGUUGUCUGCAAUCUAAAUGAGCCAAUUAACAGAUUAUUGAAUGCAUUAGUUAAUCUGCAGACAGCCAAACAAACAUUUGAAUCGAUUUGACUGAACUGAAUUUGAAUUGAUAGAUGUAAUUCAAGUUAAGCGACAAAAUGUUUUGACUAAAUUGGGUUAAAAUGAAGAACAGGAUAGAUCUCUAAAUCCAUAAAGGUAUUUUAUUUCACAAGAAGCCUUGGAGCAUGUUAAAUAUGUGUUUACUAAUCCAGGUUUCUCUGAUUCAUUUCUCUGUUUGACAUGAAUCGGAUCUUUGUGUUACGGUCCGAAAAUCUUCAGGAGAGGUGUCACUGUGUCCCUGACAUGAUGUGUACACAUAAUCUCAAACCUGGGGAACAGUCUCAUAAUCUCAUACUAAAUAAAUAAGUUUUAAAAUG